GGAAGCGCCGGGCGGUGCUGAGGAAAGAGUCGCGGGGCGGCUCACUGCGCUGUGUGUAAAGUUUUCUCCGCGGGGGACUGGGUUUACGUGACAAGUUAUCUCUGGAGUUCAAGUGUGAGUUGAAACCAGCCUCAAGUUUCACCUGUCCUCACUGACCCGUGGAUUUCUGUGUGACCAGGUCAGCCCUGAUUCAGUGUGGCUGUGAAUACCAGGAAGCUUGGAUCAUUCAAGCUAUUCGGGAAGCUGAUAACCAUAGAGGGAAAAGAGGUGGCAACAUGACCACUCUUGUGCCGGUUGGUCUGCCCAGAUGUUGCCGUGGAGCAGGCAGAUGAUUGGAAUCAUGCCUGGCUGGAGUUCUGCUGGGCCAGAGUGAAGAGCCCUGUCCUGAGUGCACUGCGGGGAUAAGAGGAGGAGCGUCCUCGUUCUUCCGCUCCCUGUUGCCCAGGAAAACUUACUGUCUGAAGCACAGGAUGGCCACCAUGGUUCUGUCCCCCACUUGUGCUCAGUCUUCCCCGUACCCAGCCUCUCACCAGAAAGGAUGCACAGAGGAGGAAGGGUUGGCUAAUGGCUUCCUGACACACUGGUUACAGGCCUAUGCUCAUCCUUUGAGAUUGAGGGGAAUUCGAUUGCAGGAUGUCACAGUCUCACUGGAAAAGAAAAUCACCUGUGUGUUAGAGGACUUGGUGACUUUCGAGGAUGUGACUGUGGAGUUCACCCAGGAAGAGUGGGCACUGCUGGACCCUUCUCAGCGAACACUGUACAGAGAUGUGAUGCUGGAGAACUGCAGGAACCUGGCUUCACUUGGGUAUCACGUUGAUAAACCCAGUCUGAUCUCUCAGUUGGAGCAAGAAGACAAGGUGAUGACAGAGGAAAGAGGAAUUCUUCCAGGCACCUGUCCAGAUUUGGAGACAGUACUUAAAGCAAAAUGGUUAACUCCUAAGAAACAUGUUUUUAGAAAAGAACAUUCUAAUGGUGUAAAAGUGGAGAGAAGUCAUCUGGGAGUGAAACUCAAUGAAUGUAAUCAGUGUUUUAAAGUCUUCAGCACAAAAUCUAACCUUACUCAGCACAAAAGAAUUCAUACUGGAGAAAAACCCUAUGACUGUAAUCAGUGUGGCAAAUCCUUCAGCAGUAGAUCCUACCUCACUAUUCAUAAGAGAAUACAUAAUGGGGAGAAGCCCUAUGGAUGCAAUGACUGUGGGAAAGCCUUCAAUGAUCCUUCCUCCCUCAGACUGCAUGUGAGAAUCCACACUGGAGAAAAACCCUACGAAUGUAACCAGUGUUUUCAUGUCUUCCGUACUAGUUGUAACCUCAAAAGCCACAAGAGAAUUCAUACGAGGGAGAAUCACCAUGAAUGUAAUCAGUGUGGCAAGGCCUUCAGCACAAGGUCCUCCCUUACUGGGCACAACAGUAUUCAUACAGGAGAGAAACCUUAUGAGUGCAGUGAUUGUGGGAAAACCUUUAGGAAGAGCUCAUAUCUCACACAGCAUAUGAGAACUCAUACUGGAGAAAAACCCUAUGAGUGUAAUCAGUGUGGAAAAUCCUUUAGCAGUAGCUUUUCUCUUACUGUGCACAAGAGAAUUCAUACCGGUGAGAAACCCUAUGAAUGCAGUAACUGUGGGAAAGCCUUUAAUAAUCUCUCAGCUGUUAAGAAACAUGUAAGAACUCACACUGGAGAAAAACCCUAUGAAUGUAAUCAUUGUGGGAAAUCUUUCACCACUAACUCUUACCUUUCUGUGCACAAGAGAAUCCAUAACAGGUGGAUAUGACUACAAUAACUGGGAAAACAUUCACUGAUUUCUUAUCUCUCAGACAACUUGUGAUAACUCACACUAGAUGUAUGAGUUAUCUGUUGCUGCAUAACAAAUUUCCCUUCAAAACAUAGUAGCUUUAAACAACAAACAUAUAUUAUCUAUAGGUCAGGAAUUCAGAACCAGCUUAGCUGUGUAGUUCUAGCUCAGGAUCUCUCAUGAGGUUGUAGUCAAGAUGUCAGCAUGAGCUACUGUCAUCUGCUUUACUGCUGGCUGAGGAGUCCACUUCCAGAAUAGCUCAGUCACAUGCCUGGCAAGUUAGUGCUGGUUGUUGGCAGGGAACCUUCAUUUUCUCACCAUGUAGGACUCUCCACAGGGCUGUGUAUCUUUAUGACAUAGAAGCAGGUUCCUCCCAAAGCAUUUGAUUUAAAGAAGAGCUAAUGCAGAAACCACAGUGUCUUUUAUGACCUAGUCUCAGAAGGACAUAUCAUCACUUAUUCCAUAUUUUAAUGGUCACACAGACCAAUCCUGAUACAGUGUGGGAAAAGACCAUACUCAGUAUGAAUACCAGGAAACAGAUUGUUGGGAACCAUCUGAGAAGUUUUCCAUGAAAUCACUGAUGUAAGGCCUUCAGGAGACCCUCAUUCUUUCAGUCUGUUCAGUAUGAAGUAAUAUUUAAUAACUUUCGUGUUAAUUCACCCGUGAAAGAAACCUCAUGAGUCCAGUCUUUGUGAUAAGCUUUCAGCUCAAAUUCACCCUAAUGUACACAAAAGAUUAAGUAUUAGGUAUAAAUCUGAGGAAUACAGUGGUGAUAUCUAGGGAGUCAUGUGACAAUUCACACUAAGGGGAAAAUCCUAUGAAUAUCAUCAGAAUGUAAAAGUCUUCAGGGACACUCAUCCCUUAGAACACACGUGAGGAAUCACUACAGAGGAACACUCACUCAUAUAAGGAAUGUGGAAAACCCUAUAGCACAAGCGUUUACAUUAUUGAACAGCAGAUGAAGAGAUUCCGAGUGCAAGUACUAUGGGAAAGCCUUCAAUGUUCUCUCAGUUUUUAAGAGAUAUGAUGAUUUAUUCUGGAGAGAAAGUCCCAUUGAAUGGCAUCAGUAUUGGAAAGCCUUCCAUUUUCCCACAUUCCUUAAACUGUGAAAAGUCGUUGCAGAGAAACUUGUGAGUAUAAAGAAUGAGGGAAUGCCUUUAAUGAUAGCUCUUACUUUAGGAAAACUAUUAAAUUCCUGGAUGCAAAACCUGUGGAUUAAUUUUGGGAAAUCUUUGGGUGAGUCCUGUCUGUUGACUUCUGAGAAGUCACGCAGGCAGGGAACCCUAGAAGAUACUCAACAUGAGAUUGCCUCAGCUCUUUUCUGAGUGGCCACAGAAUACUUUAAACUGGGAAUGAAAAGUGUAAAUAUUAUGAGCAUGGGAUUACCUUUAUCAGUGUCUCAUCCUUAGGGUGGGGCAACUAGCUCUUUAAUUUUCAGUCUUUGCUUAAGUAUAAACAUUUAUAUCUAUAGCUAUACCCUAAGAUAAACCUUAAAUUAUGUUCCAUAGUUUUAUAUGUAAUAUGUUUAUCAUCAUUUACUCUAAAAAUAUUAACACAUUGCUUAUUCAUAAAGGUAUUUCUGAUUAUCUCCUGAGUGAUUUAGAUUAUCCUAGUAGAAAUUAGAUUAUAUUUGCUACAUACCUUUUUCUAAUUUAAUGACAUUUUUAUCAAGUAAGUGGACUUUAUGAUGUUCAGAUAUAGUAUGUACAUUCAGGUUGGUAUUUUUUUUUCUCUCAAGCUUAUUUAGCGAUAGAUGUGAAUUAAAGUCUUCCACCGUUGUUAUGGAUUGACAAAUUCUUUUUGGUAAUUGUCAUUUUUUCUUUACGUAUUUUGAUGUAAAUA